AUGGGAAAGCUGGAGCAACGUAAACUCGCAAAGGCGCCACGCACACCGAUGCGCACUUCUAGCCUGAAAGACACAAAGAAAGCAUCGCAGAAGUUGGAGAAAAAGUUAAAGAAACAAGAAGAUGUGCGCCGUGUCCGUGAAUUAUCAAAGAAACUUCGUGAUGAACUUAACAAUGAGGAGAAGCGGGCACGGGAAGCACGUAAAGCUAACAUGGAACGGAAGACCGAAAAUGAAAAAAAGAAUAUGGUAGUGCAGAAAAUCAAAAAUGAUAAGGCUAUUCGUAAAUUAAGCCCGAAACACCGUAAGAAGGCAAGAAUAUUUAUGCUUCAUGAACUGUAA